UUUCGGAAAUAAUGACUACAGCUCUUAGUUUGCUGAUUGUACUCGCGGUGUGCACUGGCGCCUCGGCCGAGAGUGCUCCCGGGCAGUACCUGUACGAGGACGACGCCGUCGAGGACCUGGGCAUGCGUGUGUCCCACUGCCUGCAGCACCUCCCUGCCGUCACCCUACGCCGUCCAUCUGACCCCUCUGCGCGGCCCGAGGCCAGGCCGCUUUCGGGUGUGGUGGUGCGACCGGGGAAUGACGUCUGCGUGCGCCUGGUCAUGGAGACCCUAUGGGAGGAGGGAAGCCUGGAUGAGGCGAGGAACACGGUGGCCUCUUGUCUGUUUGACUACUACCAGACUGCCUUCGAGGCCGUCGCGGUCCCGGACUCCAGCCCCGAGGCCGCCGUGCUCUGGGGCCUGGAGUGCGCGAUCAGUGCGCUCAGCACGCCUAUCACGCCGACGGAAUCCUUCGCGGGAAACGAAAAGUAAACAAAACAAACUCUUCUCCAUCUCUAUCCCUGGUGCACGUCGCUAACACGAAACAAGCUCCCCAUCCACCGAUGGGACGGUAUCGGCAUGUAUUUGCGUCCUCUCGCUACUCCCCUGCAGUCUUGGGCUUUAUUGAUUAACUUCGCCAAUUUAAUGGACUUGAUACCAAGCCAUUGAGGCCUUCGUAAUUUAACUAAAGUUGAAAAAAAUAAAAUCAGAUAGGUGGUUUGGA